CUAUGACGUGACGGACAUGCAAUUGUUCAAGAGGUCCUUUGAGGAUGCGGCAAACUUUUCCGAAAGCUUUUAUCACAGGAGAAAUUAAUUAAGCUUCGUUGUUCUGCUUCCUCCAAGUAGGAAGAUUUUUGUGAAGGAAUCGACUCCCCAAACUUGCAGCUUGAUAUAUCUUUGGAAGGAGAUGUGUAAUUAUGCAUGGAUUGUGAAGUAAAGUUUUGGUCCACGGCAAAAAAUGUCCAGUGAUACACCACCCAAUGAUAACUCGCUCGAGGAAGGGGCGGUCAGUUGCCCCGUGCCAUACACCCCUUCCCCACCAGUUUCCCCCCACCCUGGGGGAGCCACUCCGAGAUCCGCGUUGCCCAAGCGGCUGACGAGGCACUCCUACCCCUGUGACUCGCCCCGCUACGCCGGAUCUCCCGUCGGCAGCAGCAGCAGCAGUCAGCUCUGGGUUUCCGGGAGGACAGUGCUUGAGUCCCCGGAGGAGUUCAAAGAAAACAGCGGGGAUGAAGAUGAAAAAAAUGACGAUGAUGACGAUGAGGAGUGUGAUUUAGAAAGUUUCGGCGUCGAGUUUGGAGAUGACGAAGAAAGUGACGACAGACAAGACGAAGGGAAGUUGGAGUCCCGGCAAGCCUCAUCAUCAAAAUUGGCAACUUUGUCGCCUCUAGCUCGCUUCCUCCGUGCGGCACGGCAGGUCAAAAUGCUCUGCGCGGUCCAGAUAAGUCUGAACCGGUGCGCCACGGAGGCGGGCAAGGGGACAUUCGGAGCCACUCUCCCGGACCUUGUGGCUAGUCUCUCGGCCUCGCCUAGCGUGGUCUACAUGCCGUCCACCAAAGAGAAACUCACCUUUAAUGCUGGCGAGUUCAAGAGCAAUUAUGAGUUCACCUGGCCGAAACAGGCUAAAGACGCCGUGGACAAGAGGCCCGAAGAUCGGACCGAGGCCGACCUGCAACUGAUCGGUGGUCUGAUGAGGGGCCUUCACAGCUUCCGGAAGUACACACGGGCCCACCAAAAGCUGAUAUGCAGAGUGGUGCGGCUCCAGAAGUACGGCCGUAGGAGAGUGGUUGUCCGCAAAGGCCACUUGGGCUACGCCUUCUACUUCAUCUUUGCCGGCGCGGUCUGCGUCACUCUGGACGAAGAUGAGGAGAGCGCGUUUGUCAAGAAGGAAGUGACGAUCCUCAGGAAGGGGGCAUGCUUCGGGGAAAUUGCCUUGUUGAAAGAUUCUCGGCGUAGGGCCACCAUUGUCUGUCUUCAAGAAACUCAGUUCUUGGUAGUGGAUCGCGAUGAUUUCUUCGAAAAAGGCCUCCACCGACACAUCCAGGCGGAGUUUGAGUAUAAAUUUAACUUCUUCAGGAGGUUGGAGUUGUUCUCCAGUUGGCCCGAUGACAGGCUGGAGGAAGUCAGCGACAUGGCACGCAUUGAGGAGUACAAUCACGACUCGGUCAUCGUCAAAGAUUCGAGGGAAAUCCACUGGCUUCUCUUUGUCACUAAGGGCCGCUGUGACGUGCUCAAGCUGGUGGACCUCGCAAAGGUCUACGCGGCCAGGAACGAGGACGAAAAUGACCCGAGGGGACAGAAGAAACAAGGAGGGGUGUCCACACUGCUCAGCGGGGACUACCCACUCAGCCUCCUGCCGGAGGGACAUAGGAGUCCCUUCCCCUGGCUGACGCCCCAUAAACUACCCGUCAAUACCAGGCCCAAAACCACAGGUCAGAUAAACUGCAAGUCCAAGGAGAAGAUGGAGGCAGAAGCCGAGCCGAACCCAAACCACCAGCGUAGCAAGAGCGCCAGUGUGAGAUACACUGAUGAGGUUUCAGACUUGGACAUACCAUCCGAGUCUUGCUCCAGAACAACAAUGACCAGCGGUUUAUCCAUGCACAAACGCAGAUCAUCCGAUCCUGGUACCCCUCACAAACUGCCCAGUCACAUCAGUCUGGGCAUUGCUACCAUGAAGGGCGACGGCGUGGAGGCUGGAGUCUACAUUAAGGUGGACUCACUCAGGCCUGGACAGUGCUUUGGUCUCGAAGGAAUCUCAGGUAAGAUGCCACAGUACUCCCUCCUCAGCCUCGGCUGUGAGCUGGUCCGCGUCUCCAUGUCUAAAUUCCGCGAGUACGCUUGCGAAGAGACCUUAGAGCGGGUCCAGCAGCAGAUCCCGACGUACCCGAACGACCACUUCCUCUGGACGAGCUUCAAAAAGCAAAACCGCUGGACCAACUUCAAGAACGGCGUGGUCAAGGACAUCAUGGACGAUGCCUUGGCACAGAGCGCCCCCAACACCUUUGCCAGGAACUUGCGCUCUGUCCCGGGACGUGUCGCUGAGGCGAAUCGGCAGCAGAAUCCUCAGCGGUGGAGAACCAGCCUGGGGGGCAGUUUUGCCAGCAAUGUCAUGCCACAGAUUUCAAACGUGACAAACGCUUGGACGGAUGAGAAGAGCUCGUCAAGAAGCAAGAGCAGAGAUGGUGCUACGUCAAGGUCCAGCUAUUCUGCCAGCCGACCCCAGUCUUGCCAGCCACAGCCCAGUCGUCCUGCCACGACGGCGACGACACGUCGCAAUGCUCGCAGUGAGAGGUUAUCCGCAUUCGUCACCGAGCAGUGCACCGUGCGCGCCAUGACUGCCAACCCCCAGAGGACACCACGGGCCCGUACGGCUCGGUUGACACCCUCACCGACGCGGACGUACAAAAUACCAGAGAUUGAUAAACUCAUUAAACCAACGUACACGGGGAGUCUUGCGUGGCGAGCACUGGCCAAGUCUUAGUUGAAGAUGUCUGAGACUGAGAGAUGGAUUAGGAACUGUCAAGAUCUUUGAAAAGAUGAAAGGCGCAGGGUGUGUAACUGUGAGCCCGACACUGCGGACUGGUGCAAGAAAUCAAAGCUAUAGAGUGUCACCAUUAAAAUGGUCAUUGUUUGUCUUUCCUACAUAGAAGAAAUAUUGACAUCUCGAGAUUGUGUGACCGUUGAGCUGAUGAAGUUUGCAGUGAAACACUGAAUACUCUUGGGGAAAGAACAUCGGAUGAAAAACUUGUUGCUUAAGAACUUCUUGUUUUUUUUCUCCAGGGGUUCAAUUUAUACAAAACAGAAUUGAACGAUUUCUGUUGGGAAUUGAGAAGUUCAUUUACGGUGCUGAUUUGAUAUAACUACUGCAAGGGGUAAGGGUAGAGGAGGCAUUUACUUCCAAAAUUUUCGUCUUUUAUGACGACACUAAAAAAAAUGUAAGUAAUGUUUGUGUUUUAUGCAACUUGUUCCAUGGAACAUGGGGUUCUUUCCUGCAAAAAGUGCUUCGCACACUUAUACUGGUAUGGGGGCUUGUGUGGGCUUUAUGUACAUUGAAAUUUGACAUUAUUCAAGCCCAUAAUUGAUAGUUUUAUUCUGCUAUUUUGGUUAAAGUGGGGUUAUUAUUUGGGCCAUUUUACUGUCCAUCACAAGUUUCUCACAACUUUACAUUGUGUGAACCAGACUUUAAACACAGUACUUCACACUGUAUGGCAUUUCCGAGUACUAUUUACUGUCGAGCAAGUAACUUGCAAUGGGUGUCAGUUAUGUGUGUACAUUUGAAUGAAUACUAAAACUUGGAAACCGGGGUUCAACAGAAUUUCAGUAAUAUCCUACAGGCAUAAGUAGUUUCCCAAAAUGGUCCUUUUUAUGUAAAUUGGGUUUUGGCGCUGGCAAGACCAAAAUGCUAUUUUGGGAUAUCUCUUUAUAGUUUUUAUGGGUAGUAAAGAUACACACGAAUGGAAAGCUGAAAUUCAUUUAACCAAAACAAAAAAAAACUAGACAGAAGAUAUGUUUGUGAUGUAUAUAUACAAUAUGUACAGACAUGCUGAGUUUAUUUAUGAAAAUCAGAUAUUUUAUGUAAAAAUAUGAACAGAAAGCUUGAAUAUUUUGUUAAAAGGGGCAUUAUUUAAUAAUGUUCUAAUAAAUAUAUAUCAAGAAUGUUGUGGAUUUUAAACAAUGUGGUGUUGAGUUACUGUCGGUUGAAAAGGAAAAAAAAAUGUAGCAAACAUAAGCCUGAUCUAUACAGGUUCCUCCCCCCCC